UAUAAUUUAAAUAAUGAUUUCAAUUCAGAAGUAAUAACACUCCGCAGCACUUCUUCUGCAUAUAAGCUCAUGCUUGUGCACGGAGAAAGCAGUUGCAUAAACUAACAUGGCAGGGAUUCGACUCAUCUCAACGAGUACUGUCAAAGCCGCGAGUCACAAGCCGGAGCACCCAACUCAGAGAAUUGAGUUAACUCCAUGGGAUCUCCAGCUCCUUCUAGUAGACCCCAUCCAAAAAGGACUCCUUUUCCACAACCCCAAAACCUCACAAGCCAAAGAGGCAGAGUCAGAGUCAGAAUCAGAAAUCACUCUCUUAGUCCAUCACCUUAGAACCACCUUAUCUCGCACGUUAGACUUCUUCACACCCUUUGCUGGUCGCCUUGCCACCAUUGAAACCAAGGAUAACAACACCAUAUCCUAUUUCAUUGACUGCAACAACGCUGGAGCACAGUUUGUGCACGCUGUAGCCAAUGGUGUUAGCGUUGCUGACAUCCUUGAACCUGUUUACGUUCCCCUACAACUUGUCAACUCGUUUUUCCCACUCAAUGGUGUGCGCAACUAUGAAGGCAUUUCUAAGCCCUUGCUUGGAGUGCAAAUCACUGAGCUUGUUGAUGGCAUCUUCAUCGGGUGCACCAUUAACCACACAGUUGUUGAUGGCACGUCGUUUUGGCAUUUUUUCAACUCUUGGUCUGAAAUCUCUCGGGGUUUUGAUCAAAUAUCCAAACCUCCAGUCCUUCAACGUUUUUUCCUUGAUGGGAUUGAUUGUCCAAUCAAAAUUCCUUACGGGAAAAAACUCUCUGAUAGUGAUAGUUUGAUCACUCCCCCACCAUUGAAAGAAAGAGUUUUCCAUUUUACAAAAGAAUACGUUGCAAGAUUGAAAGCAAAGGCCAAUUCAGAGAUUGGCACCAACCGGAUAUCCUCUCUACAAGCACUCUUAGCUCAUUUCUGGCGGUCUGUAAUUCGUAGCCAAAAUCUUGACCCAAAUCAACAAGUCCUUUACCGGUUGCUAAUAGGAGCUAGACCAAGAUUGCACCCACCAUUGCCUGACGAAUACCUUGGAAAUGCAGUGCAGGCAGGGACUGUGGCAAUCAAAGCAGGUGAUCUACUCAAACGUGGACUUGGCUAUGCAGCUUGGGAAAUGAACAAGAUGGUUGCUAUGCACACAGAAGAUAAACUUAGGAGCUUUUUGGAGUCAUGGGUGGAAAAGCCUGAGAUACUCACGGAGAGUAGCAUGGCUAGCACUGCUUUGGUUACGAGCAGCUCGCCGAGGUUCAAUGUGUACGGCAACGACUUUGGAUGGGGAAGACCGGUAGCUGUGCGAAGCGGUGGUGGGAACAAAACUCAUGGAAAGAUCACAGUUUUUCCUGGGGUGGCACAAGGUAGCAUUGACAUUGAAGCUUGUCUUUCGCCGGAGAUAUUGAAGGCAAUAGGAAAUGAUUCAGAGUUCACCGAUGUUUAAUUAGUUUCAAGCAAAAAUAGUAAUAAUAAUCAUCAUGGGAUUUCUAUUUUGCGUGUUUUUCUUUCUAUUAUAAAAUUGAUUUGUCAAAUGAAGACUUGAAGAGUAAGGGCAUAUUAGGUUGUGUUGUU